AUGGACGAAGAAGCUACACACCGGACAGCAGGUCGCGUUCAAGAGGAAGGAGCUAUACCCGUAGUCCAACACCAAGAGAUGGGUCGCCAGCACCUAGAAGCGCAAAGCACCUUGCUCAUCCUCCAGCAGAUCGUAGUAGAAGCCUUGACCAGGAAUGUCAAAGAGGAUCAUGUGCGCGAAAUAUUUGGCAAGUACGGUACUAUCAAAGAACUCAGGAUGCCCAUGAAUCCGACUUUCAACAUCAAUCGCGGAAUAGCCUAUAUCCUCUACGAAGAGAUCGACGACGCCGAACGUGCGAUCGCGAAGAUGCACGACGCACAAUUAGACGGAGCGAAAAUUCAAGUUUCGAUUGUCCUUCCUCGACGUCGCUUCUCACAGACGCCUCCGCCGGCGCGUAGGGGCCCACCACCGCGCGACGACUACGAUGGUGGUUACGGACGCGGUGGAAGAGCGCUCAGAGGUGGAGGGCCGCCUGGCGCAUACAGACCACCACCUAUGGACGGACCAUCGCGUUACCGCUCCCCACCGCGCCGAAUGUCGCCUGAUCGAGGACACUGGGGCAGAGGAAGAGGUGGAGGCGGCCGUGGUGGACGAGGGGGUUAUUCGGUCUCCAUCCAGAACACCACCAAGACGAAGCGGGGGAGGAGGCUACGGCAGGCGGGACAGUCUGCCAAGGAGAGGAGGCCGUGGAGGCGGAGGAAGGAGAAGUCCCAGUUAUAG